AAAGCUAACAUAGGUUCUUCGCUCACCAUUUGUUCGUUUUCAUGCUUGGUCUAUUUUGGAGUGUCUUGCUCUCUUGACUGUGUUUAUUUACACGUUGUGAGAUGGAGAGAUUCUAUUUCUUUUUCUUGAUUCUGUUUCUCUGGGGGAAUGCUAGUGGAAUUGGAGUCUGGGAUGGACGACCUGCUCAGGACUGGAGACGUGGUGGGUUUAAAAGCCUUGAAGAUCCACCUUCUCUUUUCCCCAGCCCAUCUUCAACACCUCCUAAAUGUGCUUAUCAUAGGAGACCAAGCCCUUUUAACAGUGUGUCUCCACAUUUGAAGCCUCAAGGCCCAACCUACGGCCCUGGAUACUGGUCUGGGCAAUUCAAUAAGCCUGUGCCUCAAUCACAGGGAGACUCCCUGUAUCAGCAAGACAACUUUGGGGUUAUUGACUCUUCUAAAAGACUGAGCAGUCAAACAUCACCUCAGAACCUCCAGACCCAGUAUGCCCCUGCAUCAAAUCCUGUGGCCACAUCCCAGAGUUCAGCAAGUGCAUUAAAGUCACCACAACAAGGUAGCUAUGGUGUUUCAUCUAGUUGGCAUGCUUUACAGGGGCAACGCAUUCCAUUAGCUUCUCAUUCUAGACUCCAAACCCAAGCAUUAAGGCUUUUGCCCCCAUCCCAAAGUUUAGCAAGUGCGCCAAAGCUGCCACCACAGCAAGGCAGCUAUGGUAUUCAGUCUGGAAACUUUGCUUUAUGGAGGCAGACCAGCCCAUCAGCUUCUGGUUCUACACUCCAGACCCAGACAUCAAGCCUUGCGACCCCAUCCCAGAGCUCGGAAAGUACAUGGCUAGCUUCACAGAGGCAAAGAAUCCCAUCUUUUCCUCAGUCCAUUUUUGAGACAUCAAGCCUUGUGGCCCCAUCCCAGAGUUCAGCAAGUGCGUCUGAUUCAUCACGGCAAGGCAGCUAUGGUGUUGCAUCUAGUUUUUAUACUUCACAUGGGCAGAGCAUCUCAUCAGAUACUCUCCCUACGCUCGAGAACCAGGCACCAAGGCCAGUGACUUUGUCCCAGAUUUUAGCAAGUGCUUCUAAGCCACCACAGCAAGGGAACUAUGUUGUUCCGUCUGGUUGGUAUGAUGCUUCCAUGGAACAGAGCAAUCCAUCAGCUAGUCAGUUGAGCCAGUAUGCUCCAGCCUUUAAAACCCAGUCAAGCAGGCUUAUGCCUCCAGCUUCCAAGGGUUUAGCAAAUCUGUUUCCUUCUAUUUCUCAAAGUUCACCUGACCAGACUGUCCCUGUAUUUUCGGCUCAGCUCCAGACUGCUGAAACCAGAAAUGCAGCAGAAAUUGGUCCCCCUAGCUUGUAUACCCCUUUGCAGGGCCAGGAUGUUCAGGCAUCUUGGUUUGAUGCUCUGAACCAGGUCCCUGCUGUGCAAACCCAGUCGUCAUAUAAGCCGGUGUUCCAAUCACAGGGGUUAGAGAAUCGAUACAACUUUCCACCACAAACUUGGGUCAGGGCUGACCCUUCAGGACUUGCUCAGUGGUAUAGAGUGACUAAUGCUGGACUUGAGCCUGUGCAGACCAUUGAACCAUUGUUUCCAUUCCAGAGUUUAGAGGUUCUCUAUAACCAGGCAGCUUUAGGUAACACUCCACCUGUAUCUCAAAGCCCAAACAGUCCAGUAUCUUUUGGCUUUGCCUCUCAAAACCGAGGGACUCAAACUUCAACUCAAGCUUUAUCCCCACUAAAUCCCACAAUGCUGCAAGUCGGUCAGUCCCCAUGGCCAUAGGUUUAACGACUUAACCCCAAAGUGUCCUAGUCCUUUGGCCAAACUUCUGCUGGACGCCAAUUGAGAGAUCCUGCGCCAGCUGCAGGUGCUCAACUAUUCAGCUGCAAGCACCUGGCGGACUCCCCAGGCAGUUACCACCCUGUGCUUCAAAGUGGUGCACCCUAGAAGGGAUUCUCUAACCAGUACAGCCCAGUAAGUAAUGUUCCGGCCCCCGUGUCUGCUGCAGGAACUGCGAGCAACAGCAACUUUGGACUUGCGCAGAGCCACAGAGAAGCCAGGCACCAGGGGCCUCUGCCCAACAAUCGAUUGGAGACUAUUCCCUAGCCCGGGAAAUGUUUCAAAAACCAGUGGCACCUCAACUUGAGAUGCGUUUACCAGCCUUCUGAAGUUGAGAGCUUGGGCUCAGUCAGUAUUAAAUGGUUUUCUAUGCAUGCGUUUUGUAUGUAUUUUGCCAUGUAUUUGUGAAUCCUGGAUCUUUCAUGUUGCACGAGUGGUAAAGCUGUCUUGCCUGUAUAUUAAUAUUGAGAAUAAAGGACCGUGUGACAUA